UUCCCCUGCCUAAACUCCUCUGUCAGCCUGUAAACAUUACCUGAGAAUUCCCCAGCCGAAACGGCUGCUGGGGCACGAAAGUUCUUGUUAGAACUUUCCACCUCCGGCUUCCCCUCCACCCCUCUUACUGUCCCAACCUUCUGAGACGCUUUUUCUCCUCCCGAGGAUUUAUCUCACCCACCCACCCACCCCCCCCCCCGCCCUUUUUCUCACCCGGUGCUUGCUUUGCAUUUGGGAAGAGGUGAUUUCAAGAGUGGCCAGGUGGGACGCCUCUCUGCCCCUUAUUCGGUGUAUUUAUUAUUGUUUGGGGGUGUUUUCUUUUUUAAGUCCUGUUUUGUGCGGUCCGGGGAGUUUCGCCCCCCCACCCCUGCCCGGCUCUGCGGCGCGGAGGAUGGUGUGGAAAUGGCUGGGCGCGCUGGUGGUGUUCCCUCUGCAGAUGAUCUAUCUGGUGGUGAAGGCUGCCGUCGGACUGGUGCUGCCCGCCAAGCUGCGGGACCUGUCUCGGGAGAACGUCCUUAUCACCGGCGGCGGGAGAGGCAUCGGGCGCCAGCUCGCUCGCGAGUUCGCGGAACGCGGCGCCAGAAAGGGUGUCCUUCCAGCCACGCAGACCGUGCUGGCCUUCCCGGUUCCCUGUCUGCUGGUUUUCUUGUGCUCCCAGAUCGUUCUGUGGGGCCGGACUGAGAAAUGUCUGAAGGAGACGACGGAGGAGAUUCGGCAGAUGGGCACCGAGUGCCACUACUUCAUCUGUGAUGUGGGCAACCGGGAGGAGGUGUACCAGACGGCCAAAGCUGUCCGGGAGAAGGUGGGCGACAUCACCAUCCUGGUGAACAACGCCGCCGUGGUCCAUGGGAAGAGCCUGAUGGACAGCGACGAUGACGCCCUCCUCAAGUCCCAGCACAUCAACACCCUGGGCCAGUUCUGGACCACCAAGGCCUUCUUGCCACGGAUGCUGGAGCUGCAGAACGGCCAUAUCGUGUGUCUCAACUCUGUGCUGGCGCUCUCUGCCAUCCCCGGCGCCAUCGACUACUGCACGUCCAAAGCCUCAGCCUUCGCCUUCAUGGAGAGCCUGACCCUGGGGCUGCUGGACUGUCCGGGCGUCAGUGCCACCACCGUGCUUCCCUUCCACACCAGUACCGAGAUGUUCCAGGGCAUGAGGGUCAGGUUCCCCAACCUCUUCCCGCCCCUGAAGCCGGAGACUGUGGCCCGGAGGACAGUGGAAGCCGUGCAGCUCAAUCAGGCCCUCCUCCUGCUCCCGUGGACGAUGCACGCCCUCAUUAUCUUGAAAAGCAUACUCCCACAGGCUGCCCUCGAGGAGAUCCACAAAUUCUCAGGAACCUACACCUGCAUGAACACUUUCAAAGGGCGAACAUAAAGGCAGGACGCAGAGACAGGCUCAAAAGCCACAGAACCUGAGGGGGCAUGGGCACCUGGGCACACGCCCAUGUGCCUGUCCCUUGACACACUUCUGCUGGAUGAGCAGGACUGCUCCUCUCCUGGGGAGGAAUCUGGCUGUGCCCCCAGGCCAGCCCCAGGACCUUUGCACAGGACUGAUGGGUGUAACUCUGACCCCCGUGGGGAGGCAAGAAACCAGCCAGCAGCUGCCUUGACACUUUUGUACAUUUCUGAUUCUGUAGAGUUUAUUGUUAAAUUGCUUCUCAAGUCUAACCAGCCUCGGCAAUGUGCAUAGACUAUUUCCGGGAGGGUCUGUGCCCGCACGCUCCUCCUUCCCCUCCAAAAUCCACUCAUCCUCAGCUUGUGCAAACUGGUUGAACGGCAGGAAUACAAAAUAAAGAGAGAUGGCUUUUGCGA